AUAGGUAGGCGAUUUAUAGUAUUAAAUUGCCUAUAAAUUGCAAAAUUGUGUUAAUUUCGAUUAAUUCGAAAAUGACAUUUUUUUAUUAUAAACAGUAUUGUUUCUAGAUUUUAUUAUAAAUCUAAUAAGUGAAAAUGGGUUCUAAAAUCAUGAUUGGGUUUUUGGGGUUGUCAACAGUGGUUGUGACUUUCCUGGCAACUCGUCUGUACAGAGACCUGCUCAUAAGCUAUGAGCAGAGCUCUCCUGCUCAGGAAUAUUCUUGGUUCUUUCACCUGUUACUAAACAUGGCUGGGUAUUCCACAAUUCUGCUGCCAGGUUUCGUCAUUUACAAGUACAUACAGAAAACCAGCUACUUCGACAAACUGAGCUCACCAGGCUGUCUGUCCCGCAGCCUGUUCGCCAUAUUUGGAGACCCCGGCGAUCGGUUGCCCACCACUGAUGCACCGAAAAUAGAAGACAGUCCGCGCCGCGAGGCAGCCGAGCUGGCGCUCUGCUUCAGCGGGCUCAUGACGGCUUAUCUCGUGUGGGGGCUUCUGCAGGAGAAGAUCAUGACACAGACCUACACGAUGUCCGACGGCUCCACAGUGAAAUUCAACGACUCCCAGCUGCUAGUGUUCAUAAACCGGCUCCUCGCGUUCUGUAUCGCCGUGGGCCGCCUGCUCUGGACUAGGACCCCCCUGUUCCCGGUGCCGUUGUAUCAGUUCUCGUACUGCUCGCUCAGUAACAUAGUCAGCGCGUGGUGUCAGUAUGAAGCGCUCAAAUAUGUCAGCUUUCCUAUGCAGGUGCUAUCCAAAUCGUGUAAAGUGAUCCCGGUGAUGUUGAUGGGCAAGGCCGUGUCAGGCAACAAGUACGAGUUGUACGAAUACGUGACGGCCGCCAUGAUCUCGUUCGGCAUGGUGUUGUUCAUGCUUGCCAGCAAGGAUGAAUAUGCAGCGGGCACAUACUCCCUCGCGUCGGGGGUAACCCUCCUCGCGCUGUACAUGUGCUGCGACAGCUUCACGUCGUCGUGGCAGGCGCGGCUGUUCGCGCGCACCCGCGCCGCGCCGCUGCACAUGGUGGGCGGCGUCAACCUGUUCUCCGCGCUGCUCACCGCCGCCGCGCUGCUGCAGCAGCCGCCCGCCACCGCCGCGAACCCGCGCUGGUCGCUACUGCAGCACCCGCAGUUCGCGACCGACGUGGUCCUGCUGUCGGUGAGCUCGGCGCUGGGCCAGCUGCUCAUCUACCGCACCAUCGCGCGCUUCGGCGCCGUCGUCUUCACUAUCAUCAUGACACUGCGGCAGGCGGUGUCCAUCCUCCUGUCGUGCCUGGUGUACGGGCACCGGUUGUCGUUCGCGGGCGUGCUGGGCGUGUGCGCGGUGUUCACGGCAAUAUUCCUGCGCGUGUACUGCCGCCAGCGCCUGCGCCGCCGCCGCGGCGCCAGCACCUAGCGCCGCGCCGUCGCCGAC